UUACUAUAUUAUAUGUAUUAUGUAGAUGUCAAAGGAGCAUUGUAUUGAAGAGCUUUGUGAUUGUGGUUAUAAAGUUGAGAUUAAUACAGAUUGGAGCGACUUUGAUCCAGGGCGUGAAUUUGUUGCUUGCCCUUUCUACUUGGUUGACGGAUUAGGAUGCACAUACUUUAGAUGGAUUGCUCCGGAGGGUACAAAAUGGCAGAGAGACUUAAUAAUACGGCUUGAAAAGGAAAAAAAAGAGCUCAAAGAUGAGGUAUUUAAUCUAAAGAGACAAAUGGAUGAUAUGGCGCAUAGGAAAGAAGAGACUGAAAGGAUUAUGAGAAAGUUUAAGAAGCCUUCUUAGUUAGCGACAGUAGUUUAACUUAACGAAUGAAGUGUCUGAUGCGGAAACGCUGGCCACCAGGUAUCCAGAUUCCGUUCCAUGGGUCAUCGAUGAUAGGAUCAUCCCAUACUUAGAGCUAUCGAGUUUUUGUGGGACCAAUACCCUGCGGAAGCCUACGCAGCUGUACCAGACUCGGGGAUUCAAUUAGGGGCGUGGAGGGCUUCUGUGCCACUCAUAUGCUUCGACACUGUCGAAGUACAUCUACCAGAGCGCGUAAUGCGCCAAUAUGGGUUGGUACAGGGCAUUCCAUCGGCUUGUGACACUGAACCCCAGCUACACCUAAUCUCGCGCAAAAAUCAGGCUGCGGCAAACUGGAUGGAGAUCAACUGGCGUCACAUCACUCGUUGGGAUGGUAGACUUGAGCUGCUGGCACAAGGUGCGCCAAUCGAUGUUCAUGGCGCACCUACUACACUAGACUACAUGUCGUGGUUCCUCUCCAUCACGCGCCGAUGGAUGACACCACGUGCCAUCUUCGCAACAGCACAUUACGCACCUGCUGCGCCUACGAUGACCCAAUUUGCACAAGGUGCGACAGAUGUGAUACGGUAUAGCCACGAAGAGCCGGUGAGGGAGAUUGCGCAUGGCAUGCUCGUCGGCUCGCAGUUCCAGCACUUCAUACCGGAAGUCGCUGCAGAGUCCUCACCGACUACCGCCCAUAUGCACGUCUCAUCUCCUGCUUAUGACUACCAUUUGGAGGAGAUGGAUCAUUCAUACCCCGUUGACGCUGCAGGGACCUCGGAGGUUGGGCCAUCACAGUACCAGUCCCCUCCACUACCAGAGUGACACCCGAACGCCUUUUACUAUCAUAGGAGGCAAAGGAGACCAACUCAGUUAGAUAGGGUAGAUGAGGGUCGUGAGCGUCAACGUUUAACUUUUGUGUAUUUGG